UCAACUGCCUCCUGUGCUGUGUUCGAGUAAGGACGAUUUGCACUCGCAUUAAACGGGGUAUGUAAAAAAACUAAAAACAAGCACGAAAUUCAUUGUUUAAACUGCAAGUGGUUUAAAAACCAUACGGAGAUGUCAAGGAAAGUGAUUGAACUGUUUUACGACGUGGUUUCGCCCUAUGCCUGGCUGGGGUUUGAGGUGCUGUGUCGCUACAGAAAUGUGUGGAACAUGGAGCUCAAAUUACGCCCCGCCCUUCUGGGCAGAGUUAUAGAGGCAACAGGUAACAAGUCACCUGCAAUGGUGCCAAAUAAAGCUCAGUACAUGAUAACCGACCUGGACCGGCUGGCGUCUUAUAUGAACGUCCCUGUGUGUCAACCGUCUCACGCGUUUGAGGUUAUGUUUAUUAAAGGUUCUCUCCCUGCGAUGCGCUUUAUAACUGCCGUAGCAGAGAAAGAGAAAGAUGGCGAUCACCUUUUAGAGAACGUUUCUAGAGAAGUGUGGAAGCGAAUCUGGAGCACGGAUCAGGAUAUCUGUGAGCCAGCGUCUCUCUCCGAGGCAGGACUGAAGGCCGGUUUGUCCUCCAGCGAAGUGGAAGAACUGCUCGGCCUGGCAAAAUCUCAGCCAGUCAAAGACAAGCUGAAACAAACUAUACAGGAAGCGAUCAACUACGAGGCGUUUGGGCUUCCUCUCAUAGUCUGUCACGUUGACGGAAAACCUCAGGUGUUCUUCGGAUCGGACAGGUUCGAGCUCAUGGCUCACUGCAUCGGAGAGAAGUGGCUCGGUCCACAACCUUUCAAGCCCACUUCAAAUCUGUAACACCACCCUGUUUAAGCACAAUUUCAAUAAAACGUGUACCUACUCAUAUUGUGUGUGUGUGAGUGUGUGUGUUGGUCAGUUUAUAUAUUAUACGCAACAUAUAAAAUAUAUCAAUACUUUUUAGAGAGUAUCAUUAGGACCGUCAUAACACUGACCAGCUCCAUUGUUAAUCUAAUUGUGUGUUAUUUCUGUCCCAAAUCUUUCAAUCCUUUUCCAGGUUACAUAACUUCAUUUUGUAAACAACAAAUGUAUAAAAAAUAAAAAC